UUCAUCGGCAUUCUUGUAGCGAAGGAAAACCAUCUGGAUCGAAAAUGUUGCUGCGACAGUUAACAACCAAUUAAAGCUUAAAAACAGCAUUUAAGCAUUGGUGAAAAUGCCAUCGACGUGAAUGUAAAUUUAAACAGUUUACCUGCUAGCAUAAACACCAAUCACCAUGACGUCUGAAGCUGCAAUACACAAAAGAAAUUUAGAUAGUGCCAUCUUGUUUAUGCAGCAAGAACAUGCAGAAACUUUAAAGGGCUUACACAAGGAAAUAGAAAAUCUUCAGAAAAAAUGUUCAGAGUUAACAUUUCAGUUGAACAUGCAAGGAAUAGGAGCAGAUUUUCUAGAUCCAGGUUCAAAUUCAAAAUUGACACAAGUAGAAGACAAUCUCAAGAUACAAACCCAAAAGUCAAGACAACUCGAGUCAGAAAUUGAGAAGAAAGAUAAGCAUAUCAAAGACUUUGAGAUCUCAUAUAAAAAACAAAAAAUGAAGUUUUUAGACGAAAAUCGUAAAACUUCUCAGGAAAUGGACAGACUUAAAGCAGAAAAUGAAUCAAAAGCUAAUCAAGUAGCCUAUUUAACAAGUGAGCUCCACAAACUUAAAAAAUUACAAUUAGAACACAGUACUGAGAGAAAAGCAUUUGUUGCUGAAGCUCACAAAUCUGGGACCAAGGCUUAUGUUUCAGAAGCUAGAAUAUUGCCAAUUCCGCCAAAAGAACCAGUGACAUUAAAGAUUAGAAGGGGUAAUAUAAGAGCUGUUAAACCACAAACAAAUAAGGAAGACCUUGAAAGGCAUCCAUUAAGAGUAAGCUCUGGAAGUUCAAGCACAAGGUCGGAAUCACCAACCAUAGAAAAGGCCAAACAGUUUUUACGACCAGAACGUGAGCCUUCAAUAGAAGUUAAAGAACGACAUCCUCUUCCACCUAUCAGAUCCGCUCCAGGAGAAGAAAGAAGCCAUUCAAAACAUGUUUAUUUUCAAAAGAUGACGCCAGAGGCACAUCAAUCACGAGCAAAGACACACAAAGUCAAAAGGAAGGAACAAGAAGUCAAACUUCUCGCGGUUGACAAGGUGUCAGAUCAAUGGGCAUCACGAGCUCAGGAGUCACACAGUUCAGAGUACAACUGAUCUAUAGUCUGUCCAAUUUAAUGUUUAAUAUUAUACAGCCUGUCUCAUAUUACUCUGAACACAUUGGCUAUAUUCUGAUUUUAAUAUGAAUGUUGAUAAGUUGUUAAGAAUCACUUGUUUUAUUUGUCUUAUGUUUUAUUUCCACAGAAUGGUGCAUUUUAAUUGUGUUUAUGUUUUAAACAUGUUAAACUUUGUAGAGAAACAAAAGAUAUCUUCUCAAUUGGCUAUUUUAGAAUCUCAAGUAUUCACGGUUAUAUUUUCAGAAUCGUACAUCAAAACAGUGUUCACAACAUUCGAUAGUCAGCCAAUGGCUUAAUACUUUUUUCACUUUGGUGUUAUUUCUCAAAGACCUUUUAAUUCUGAAAUGGUGAAUUUAUUUUUAUAUAGUGAUUACACUUUCAAUUUUUUUUACAAAGCUAUAUGUUACAAACCUCAAUACUAUGAAAAUCCUUGGUUGAACUCUUUUAAGAGUGUUUUCCUCUGGUUGAUAAAACAAAUAUAAACAAGGUGCCUCAUGAUGGUGAUAUUUCACAGUAACUGCUGUUGAUUGUUGGGUGAUCACACUGAAAUAUUUUUGUUUUCUUCCUACUUAGAUAUUUAAGACAGUGUUCGAUAUCAUUUGUUAGAUUGUCAUUCCUGGUUACCAGAUUGAUUUGAUAGAACUAAUAAAUGUCUUGAAAACUCUCAGAAAGAACAAACAUAUUGUGAAUUUGAAAUAAAAAUUCUGAAUAGCAAUAUUUAUUUCUGGUUUUUAUACAGCUAUAUUUAUUUCUGGUUUUUAUACGCAAAAUUUUGACGGGACGUAUUAUGGUAUACAAAUGUUCGGCGUCAACAUGUCGCACCAUAACUUGAGAACGACUUAUCCAAAUUUCAUGAAACUUAAGACGGUUGUUUCUUAUGAUGGUCAAACGAUCUGUAUACUUUUUGGUGAAAAUAAGAUUAAAACUUUUUGAGUUACAGGACUUUGUAACUAAAACAGGGGGGUGUUUUUUUCACAUGUCGCGCCGUAUCUCAAAAAUGAUUUAUGAUUAUUGCUUGAAACUUUACACACUUCUUAGUUAUAUUAAUCUUAAGAUCUGUAUACUUUUUGGUGAUGAUUCAAAAUUUUAUUUUAGAGUUAUUGAGUUUUUUGUAAAAAAAAUGGGGGAGAUUUCACAUGUCGUGCCGUAUCUCAAAAACGAUUUAUGAUUAUUGCUUAAAACUUUACACAAUUCUUAUUUAUAUUAAUCUAAAGAUCUGUAUACUUUUUGGUGAUGAUUCAAAAUUUGAUUUUAGAGUUAUUGAUUUUUUUAUAAAAAAGGGGGGUUUUCACAUGACGCGCUGUAUCUCAGACACGAUUUAUGAUUAUUGCAUAAAACCUCACACACAAGACAACGGGUGUAUCAUGAGUUCAAGGUGCAGCUUUUUAUUAGUAAAUAUAGUGAACUAUUAAAAAUAUCAAAAUUAUAAGUCAUUGAGUUCUGCAAAAAAAAGUUUUUUUUUUGGAAAAACUUCCGUCUAGCCUAUACAUCAUGUAUUUAAGGAACUUUUGUAAAGAAUUUUUAUUUUUAUAGGAUAUGUUCGACAUACGACAUAUCAUAAUUAUCAUACAAAUCCAGUAAGAUCUAAUCACAGGAAAUAAAAUCUAACGAAAAGCAUUGUGCUAGUCGUAAAAAUUAUACAUGAUGUUGUGAAGAAAAUUUUGUACUGAAUUUUUAUUUUUAUUGGAUAUGCUCGACAUAUCCUUAUUAUCAUACAAAUUCAGUAAGAUCUAAAGCAAGGAAUUCUUUAGGAAAAGUUUUGUGUUAGUUGUCAAAAUUAUACAUAAUGUAUUGAAGCAAAUUUUGAACAGAAUUUGUAUUUAUAUUGGAUGUGUUCAGCAUAUCAUUAUUACCACACAAAUUCAGUAGGGUCUAAAGCAAGGAAUUCGAUAUAAAAAGUGUUUUGGAAUUAUUUUUUUGGAAACCAGUUUUUUUUUAUUGAGACUUGUACAUGUUACAGAGUGUUUUAUAAAAAACUUUCUGAAGACAAAUUUUUGUUUUAGAUAAUUAUUUUUGUUUGUGGGCAGUUUCUAGGUAAAAAUUAUGGAGGAAAUUAUUUUUCUUAGUCUAUAUGAAAUAUUUUAGUCUUAAAGGUUAUUUUGAAGGUCUUUGUUGAUGUGUAAAUUUUGCACAGUCUCCCACACAAUCUAAAGAUGAAUGAAGUCUGGAGGACUUUAUAAUUUGGACAUUUUUCAGGCUGAUUGAAUCGGACAAGUUUACACAUUGAUCAAUUAACUUAAUUUUUUUCCAAAAAUAUUCCCAUGGCAAUUGAUAUCAUACAAAAAUUGAAAAACACAUAACUUAAAUUAUGUAUGACAGUAAUUUCAAGUUGUUCCAAGUAAAAACUAACAUUAUUGAGUAUUGAUUUCCAUGGUGUAAUUUGAACUUACAUGUGGCCUUGAAAUCUACAAUUUUUAUGAAGAUUAAAAUUGCCAAAUGUUUAAUGUGUGUUCUAGUUGUCGUAAAUAAUGUGUUCAUAAUCAUUACAGUGUAGAAAGCCAUAUUGUAGCUUAGCUGGUCCAAAAGGGCUAAUCACUUUAGCUGGUCCAUAAGGGCUAAUCACUUAAGCUGUCCUUAAGGGCUAAUCAGUUUUAUCAAGUAUUUUUGUAAGUUCAGUGCCAGUUUUUCGCAAUAAUGAAUUAUUGUUUUUUGUUAAUAACACUAAUUAAUUAGAAUUCAAAAGGUCUGAUUUCUGUAUGUCUGUAUGAAAAGCUAUGCAUGAAAAUGGAAAGCAGAUUUGAAAUCAGACAUGGGUAAUUUAUAAAUUUUUAAAAUAUAAAGACAAUUACAUGGAAUAUACAUGAGAGAUGGUCUUGGAGAGAAUAUUUUAUAAAAAUCCUUAAAUUUUACCAAAUACUUAAGUUACCUUUUGGUACACAAACAUAUUUUAAGUCCAGAAUUUUUUUUCUAGAUAUUCAAGAAUCCAGUGCCGUCCUUUAUUCUGUUUUUUGUUUGUUUUUUGUCAUUCUGUGAUAAACCUUUUUUGUUAAAGAUUUAAGUAUACAUGUAUUUACUUUGUCAUUUUUUUUUCACAAUUUCUUCUCUGUGAUGAAGGAAAAUUAGCUUGUCUUAAUACUUGUGUUUUGCUUCUUAGGGCUGUUCCAAAAAUAAUUGAUUGGAGGGGUUCAGAAGGCUAUUUUUAAAUUAACCCUCCGCCAUGCAUCAAGUUGUAAUUGAUUUUUUUUUCCAUAUUUGUCCAGGCUAUAUUUCUA